AUGGACGUGAUGCCAUACUACUACCGGGCAUCGCAUGGGCACGAAAACGAAGAUGUGACGGUAGCAACAAUUGUCACAAGUAAUAGAUUUGAGGCAUUGGCACGUUUGGUAGAGCAGUACCAAGGACCGGUGUCAGCAGCAGUCCACAUCUCGUCUACCAACACGACCAGGCGCAACGAUCUCCUUGCUUCACUACAUGCUAUCUACACAUCAUCGCCACUCUUCUCCCGAUGGGUCGACAUACAUGUCAUUGUGGAUCAACAUGACCGGCAGUUUAAUAUGUGGCGUAAUGUGGCGCGUUUGUAUGCUCGAACGGACUGGGUCAUGAUGCUCGAUGUGGAUUUUGCAUUGGCUAGGGGCGGUGAGGUUGCAUUUGUGGUUCCCGCGUUUGAGUAUGUGGUUCAGGAGGACGGGAAAGAUUGGAGGACGUUUCCGAGAACUAAGAAGGCGUUAAUAGAACUUGUCGAAUCCAGAAAGAUUGCAAUGUUUCAUCAAUCAUGGGCUCCCGGGCACAAUAGCACAGAUUAUGGGCACUAUUAUGCGGCUCAGCCCGGGGAAGUAUAUCGAGUUACCACAUACCAGAAGAGUUACGAACCUUAUGUGAUUAUGCGCCGUGAUGGUCCGCCUUGGUGUGACGAGAGAUUUAUUGGAUACGGCGGGAACAAAGCAGCUUGCCUAUUCAGCAUUUACCUCUCAGGAAUCAAUUUUUAUGUUCUAUCCGACGAUUUUUGA